ACUGUGUAUAUUUCUGGAAAAGAGUUUGUGUGCAGGGUGAUUGUCAUGUGGUGAGUUCUUACUGUUCUUUGGAUAAAUGUGCAGUUGUGUGCAGUAAUACACCCAGUUUGGAUGCUGACGUAAAUAUUGCUAAGGAUCAUAAAGUCCAAUCUGAUUUCUUGAGGCAGACAAUUGUAUUAGGAUAAUAAGACAAGUGCACAUCUUGACAAGUUUCCAGAACUAGUAAGAUGUGACCACUAUAUCCAGCAGAUUACAUUUCCCCUAAAUCUCAAAUGUACCACUCUGUAGUUCCUUCAGUAAAUUCAGAAAUUUGAAUACCAUCCAAGUACCAACUCUAAGGUAAACAUGUCAGUUUGCACACAAGGCCUUGCUCCCAAUGGCAUUAAAAAACGUUUGAGAUAAUGCAUAAUGUAGAGCCCUAUACAAUACAGAAUGGAGUAGAGUUGCAAAUUGUGCAAAUUGUGCAUUGUCUUGAGUUUAAAAAAGUACUUCUGUUUUACAUUGUGCACAUUUUAAUGUAUUUUAAUUGUGCUCUUUUAAAAACCUGUUACGACACAAAAUAUUACAGAAACUUGGUGCAACUGAGCAACUGUGUAUUCUGUGUAGUCAAGUUAAUUUAUUUCUAAACUGCAGAAUUCCUAGUAAACACAAUGUUUUAAUAUGCUAGCAUUUUCUAAGUUUAGUUAAUUCGGGGAAACAUUUCAUCAACUUCUGGAAAUGUUAUACUAUUUUAAUGAACAAACACUAUACUUGAUACAAUAUCAAGUAUGUGUUGAUCUGAUUUAUUUUAUGAAACUGGUGCCAGAAGGUUAUUUUCUACUUAUGGCCAAAAUACACUUUUGGCUGACAAAAGCUCACACAUAUGGCUCCAUCGGCUGACCCACAUCUGGCAGCUGAAUAUUUGGUAUAAAAUUCAAAUAGCAUGCAGACACAUAUAACACCCGAUCAAAGCAGUUUCUCCUACACCAACAUUUUUAGGUAAAUAGCAUAGGUGUUGAAGUAAAACCAUACUUGGUUGGGUGGGGGUUGGGAUAAGGCUUCUGUGACCAGGAAGAGGAGAAAACACAUCUGUAAAAUCCCUUUUCAACCUGGCAACUUGUGCUCCCUGUGAAGGUGAACCAUUUACAUUUAGAAAUGUAUGGCAUUUGGCAGACGCCCUUAUCUAGAGCGAUUUACAAAGUUCUUUGAAGAGGUCUCCAUCAAUAAACACAUUUGAAAGGUGAGAGGUGGUCUCCACAUGUGAAUGGGCUGCACUUUUAGGUGUAACUAUACAUCCAGCUUCUUCCUCUGGAACCAUUCUCCACGUUUUUAAGAGGUGGUAUAUUGGAAAGGUAUUACUUUUAUGUGUUGGUCUGAAUCUACUCUGGUAUGGUUUUGAGGUCCUGAUACUUGAGGGCCUUUGUGAGCUUGAACUGACAGAUAGGAGAGAGACUUUGGCCUUACAAAUAUAUUAUCCUAAAAAUACACUUCCUUCUCUACCAAAGUGAAAAGUUAAGAGUUAAUUCGUCAUUUUGGCCUUUGCCCCGGUCAUAUAAAAUUUUCAGUAUAGUGUAAUAAUGGCUUUUGACCACUAGAUGUCAGCUCCUGUCUAUAGUGACGGGUCGUGACCAAUGUGACCAGCAGGUGGCAGCUUUGCGCCGUUUUCUCCAGCUUGAUCGUCGAAACAACAAAUCGAGCGGUGCGAGCGGGUUGAGUGUGUGCGUGCGCGAGUGUGUGUGUGUCUGAAAAAGACAGCCUCUGACCGCCACUUUCAAAACUAACAUCCAUGAAUCUGUCUCGGCUUUUCGUUGCAAACAACUAGCGCCAGUCGAUAGGGACGCGGAGCCGCAUGAGUGCUGGAUGUGAGCCUGGUGGGAGGUCAUAUGAGACAAAGGUACCUGCAUUUGCUGCUUGGGUUGAUGGAAGAUUAACAAGUUAAUGUGGUCCAGAAGAUGUUAAAGAAAUGAUAGCAGCACCAGAAUUACAAGCCGAGUUUCAUUAUCCCCAGGACACAGACACACGAUUCUCAUCAGAUACUGAUUUUGAUGAUUCUGAUGGGAGAAAUGCAGUUCAAGGGAAAGGAAAGGUGAAAAAGGGUAAGAAGGCCCCUGGAGAGAAGGGGAAAGGAGGUGGAAAGGGUGCUGGUCGCUUAAAUGGACACCAUCAAGAGAAUGGCAUGGAGAAUAUCAUGCUGUUUGAAGUGGUCAAGCUGGGAAAGAGUGCCAUGCAGUCUGUGGUGGAUGACUGGAUUGAGUCCUACAAACAGGACAGAGACAUGGCUCUCCUUGACUUGAUCAACUUUUUUAUCCAGUGUUCUGGCUGUAAAGGCGUUGUGAGUGGUGAGAUGUUUCGGCACAUGCAGAACUCCGAGAUCAUCAGAAAGAUGACCGAAGAAUUUGACGAGGACAGUGGAGACUACCCACUCACCAUGGCUGGGCCACAGUGGAAAAAGUUCAAGUCCAGUUUUUGCGAGUUCAUUUCUGUAUUGGUCCGACAGUGUCAGUACAGCAUCAUCUAUGAUGAGUAUAUGAUGGACACAGUCAUCUCUCUGCUCACCGGUCUGUCAGACUCCCAAGUGCGCGCCUUUAGACACACCAGCACACUAGCAGCCAUGAAGCUGAUGACUGCUCUGGUAAACGUAGCUCUGAAUCUCAGCAUUAACAUGGACAACACCCAACGCCAGUAUGAAGCAGAGCGAAACAAGAUGAUCGGCAAGCGGGCCAGUGACCGGUUGGAGCUGCUUUUACAGAAACGCAAGGAGCUACAAGAAAACCAGGAUGAAAUAGAAAAUAUGAUGAACGCUAUUUUCAAGGGCGUCUUCGUGCACAGAUAUCGGGACGCAAUAGCGGAGAUCCGAGCAAUCUGCAUUGAGGAAAUAGGGGUGUGGAUGAAAAUGUACAGUGAUGCAUUUCUUAAUGACAGCUACCUGAAAUAUGUAGGAUGGACCAUGCAUGACAAGCAAGGCGAAGUGCGGCUAAAAUGCCUCACAGCUCUACAGGGCCUCUACUACAACCGAGAGCUCAACGCCAAGUUGGAGCUCUUUACCAGCCGCUUCAAGGACCGUAUUGUUUCCAUGACACUGGACAAAGAGUAUGAUGUCGCUGUGCAAGCAAUAAAACUACUAACACUCGUUUUACAUAGCAGUGAUGAGGUUUUGACAGCUGAGGACUGUGAGAGCGUCUACCACCUGGUGUACUCAGCCCACCGGCCAGUUGCUGUGGCUGCUGGAGAGUUCCUUUUUAAGAAAUUGUUCAGCCAUCAAAACAUAGAGCAUGACAGCAUGCCUAAGAGGAGAGGAAGACAGAGUCUGAAUGCCAAUCUCAUGAAAACUACUGUUUUCUUCUUCCUUGAGAGCGAGCUUCAUGAGCAUGCUGCAUAUCUGGUGGACAGCAUGUGGGACUGUGCCUCCGACCUGCUAAAGGACUGGGAGUGCAUGAUCAGCCUGCUACUAGAUGAGCCCCUGCCUGGCGAGGAAGCUCUGACGGACAGACAGGAGACUGCCCUGAUUGAGAUCAUGUUGUGUACCAUCCGCCAAGCUGCAGAAUGCCAUCCUCCUGUGGGCAGAGGCACUGGCAAAAGAGUUUUGACAGCAAAAGAGAAGAAAACACAGCUCGAUGACCGGACACGGAUGACUGAGCUUUUUUCAGUGGCAAUGCCACCUUUACUUGCAAAGUAUUCAAUUGAUGCUGAGAAGGUGACAAAUCUUCUGCAGUUACCACAGUUCUUUGAUUUAGAGAUUUAUACAACUGGCCGGUUGGAGAAGCAUCUGGAAUCACUGCUGAGACAAAUCAGGGAGAUUGUGGAGAAGCACACUGACACUGAUGUGUUGGAGGCCUGCUCGAAGACCUACCAUUCCCUCUGCAAUGAGGAGUUCACAAUCUUCAACAGGGUAGACAUUGCCCGCAGCCAGCUCUUGGAUGAACUGGUGGACAAGUUCAAUAAGCUGUUAGAGGACUUUCUUCAGGAGGGUGAAGACCCAGAUGAAGAUGAUGCUUAUCAGGUCCUAUCCACACUGAAGAGGAUCACUGCUUUUCACAAUGCUCAUGAUCUAUCGAAAUGGGAUCUGUUUACCAGCAACUAUAAGUUACUCAAUACGGGCAUUGAGAAUGGGGACAUGCCUGAGCAGAUCGUCAUACAUGCACUGCAGUGUACACACUAUGUGAUUCUUUGGCACUUGGCCAAGGUCUCUGAGGGCAGCUGCAAAAAAGAGGAUAUGGUGACUUUAAGGAAGCAAAUGCGAGCGUUCUGCCUGAUGUGUCAGCGAUAUUUGGCCAGUGUCAACACCACUGUGAAAGAGCAGGCCUUCACCAUCUUGUGUGACCUGCUGUUGAUCUUCAGUCACCAGAUCAUAUCUGGAGGGAGGGAGGUAUUAGAGCCUCUCAUUUACUCACCAGAUGCUUCACUGCAGUCUGAACUGCUCAGCUUCAUUCUAGACCAUGUCUUCAUUGACCAGGAUGAGGAUAGCAACAGCACAGAUGGGCAGCAGGACGAUGAAGCAGGCAAAAUCGAAGCUUUACACAAGCGACGCAACCUUCUUGCAGCUUACUGCAAGCUCAUCAUCUACAAUGUGGUGGAGAUGAAGACUGGUGCAGACAUAUUUAAGCAGUACAUGAGGUAUUAUAAUGACUAUGGCGACAUCAUCAAAGAAACCAUGAGCAAAACUAGACAGAUUGAUAAGAUCCAGUGUGCAAAGACUCUUAUUCUGAGUUUGCAGCAGUUGUUCAAUGAGAUGCUGUCGGAUCUGGGUCCAGGAUUUGACCGCUCGUCUUCAUCUUUUUGUGGCAUCAAAGAGCUGGCCCGCCGCUUCUCUCUCACUUUUGGUCUGGAUCAACUAAAGACUAGAGAAGCCAUCGCCAUGUUACACAAGGAUGGUAUUGAGUUUGCCUUCAAGGAGCCCAAUCCUCAAGGAGAUGGAUAUCCCCCCGUAAACCUGGCUUUCUUGGACAUCCUCAGUGAAUUUUCAUCCAAGCUCAUGAGACAGGACAAACGCACUGUGCACAUGUAUCUGGAGCGCUUUAUGACGUUUCAGAUGGCAUUGCAAAGGGAGGACUGCUGGCUCCCACUCAUCUCUUACAGGAACUCUCUGCAGGCUGGUGGUGAUGAUGAUACCAUGUCUGUGGUGAGCGGUAUCAGCAGCCGUGGUUCUACUAUCCGCAGCAAGAAAGUUAAGCCUGUUACAGGCAAAAGGAAACUCUCUGAAGCAGAGGAGAGCAGCAGCAGCGAGGUGUGGCUGAACCGAGAGCAGAGCAUGCAGACGCCGGUCAUGAUGCCUUCUCCGCAUCUCACCUCUACAGUCAUGCGUGAGCCCAAACGCCUGCGGCCUGAGGACAGCUACAUGGGGGUGUAUACGAUGCCACCUGAGCAGCAGCAGCAGCAGCAACAGCAGCAGCAGCAACAUCCACAGCACCACACACACCCACACACACCCCAGCCUCAUCACCACCAGAACCCCAUGGACUACAACACGCAGGUCACUUGGAUGUUGGCCCAGAGGCAGCAGCAGGAAGAAGCUGCCAGGCAGCAGCACGAGAGAGCAAUGAACUACGCCAAACUGAGGAGCAACUUGCAGCAUGCAAUACGUCGAGGCUCGGGCCUGAUGGAAGAUGAUGAGGAGCCAAUUGUCGAGGAUGUAAUGAUGUCAUCAGAAAGUCGAAUUGAGGAUCUCAAUGAAGGCAUGGACUUCGACACAAUGGAUAUUGAUCUGCCCGCCUCUAAGAAUCGACGAGAGAGAACAGAGUUGAAGCCAGACUUUUUUGACCCAGCUUCUAUCAUGGACGAGUCUGUAAGGACCACUCAUUUCCUGGGUUACGACGCCUUUCAGCGGUAAUGAGGGGGAACUAAGCUCCACUGUUGCUCCACUGUAUGGCCAUGAGAGAGCACCACUAGAUGGCACUAAUAGGAGUGAUUUCUAAUAGACAGCUCAGUUCAAUGGUUUCACUCCAUGAUGUGGAGAAUAAACAGCCUCAGUCUAAGAAAUGUUAACUACAGUUCAAGAGAAUCGAUGGCCAUUUAUUUGGUAACACUGAACUCACACUGAAUUUAAACAUUUUCUUUUGUAGGUUGUUGGAGUACUCAUGUUUUAGGAUUAAAAAAAAAAAAUGAAGAAAAUCUUUUUUGGAAAAAAAAAUUUCUGUAAUAUUAAAUUGAUUUUGUAAAAAAAAAAAAAUAUACACACGAUCAGUGUAGUAACUGGUUAAACAAAAACAUCUAUUCUUGUUCACUAGAGACUUCAAAGAUGAUAUAGUGGCUUAGUUAUUAAGUAAGCGUUCCCUCUUAUUGCAAAAAUGUUGGGAGGGGAGGAGGACGAUUGAACGCCAUGAAUUGUUGGACUGUUCUUUGCCAUGUAUAAAUAUAUAAAAUAUAUUUCAAAGUUGAACGUCAUCUUGUGUGAAGAAGUGUAUGUGAGCUCUCCUAGAGUUGUGGUAUUUCUUGAAACAAGGGUGAAUGCUUCUAUUAUUUUAUUUUUUCCCUUCCCCCGCCCCCCUUUUUUUUUUUUUUUUAACUUAAAGAUAACUAUGUUAUGUAUAGCCCUUUUGUAAUAGUGAGUAAUCAGGUGUAAAGUAGUAAUUUAUAAGCAGGUUAUUGCUCAUCAUAGUGAGUGAUGUGAUAUAUUUUAAUCUUCUUAACUAUGUAAAAUGGAGGACAUGCUCCAGCUCUUUAUAUCUAGUGCUUAGUUUUGUUCACCUCCCUUUCAGAACAAUAGACAAAUGCAGCUUCUAGUGUCAAUAACGGUGUAAAGUCAGAAAUAUGAAACCGAGUUCUGAUGUUUUUACAUGAAUCAACUCCCCAAAUAUUAGAUCUACACCCUUGAAAAGGGUGAAAUCAAGGAAUCAAAAGGAAAGCUCUCUAGUAGUGCCAUUGUGUUUGUCUCAAAUUAAAACAAAGUUUAUUGUAGUACAUCUGCUAUGUUGUCUAAUCAUUGACAUUCAGCUGAACAGUGAUGUAGACAUGUACUUAACAAAAAGUUUAAUAAUUUUAAAAAGUAUCAAUUGGUGCUGAUUUUAUAAUUGCAUUUAGGACUUAUUUUACUUUUAAGCUCCAAUUUUAAGUUUAAAAGGAAAUAAGAAUAUUUUAAAGCAUGUAGCCAAGCACCAAGGAGGUUUUUUUUUUUGUUUUGUUUUUUUAUUAUUAUUUGCAUUUUAUAUGGUGUUUGUGUUUGUUUGCUUUUUGUCAAAUGUACAUUUUGGUUGGUUGAGCUUCCCAUUCAGACUUACUACAUUCAGCUUUAAGUUUGUUAGUUUAUUAUGUUUUUUUUUUGUUUUGUUUUUCCUUCAGUGUAACACCUUGUCAUACUUCAUUCAAAUGUAUUUCAUGUUGCUUUUGGGCAGCUCUAUAAAGUUAAAUGAACACAUCUAGCUUAUACUGACGCAUUUGUAUAUCGAAAUAUGUUUUGUCAGAGGUAUACCUUUUUAAUCAUUCCAUGUCUUGGCCUUAAACAUGCCUGUAAAAAGUUCUCAACUUUUCAAUAUUGUUACUUUUUUUUUGUGUGUGUGCGUGUGCAGAUUUCUAAUUAUUUAAAAACAGUGAUCACCAAGCCUGGCCUUGGAGAUCUACCUUCUGCAGUAAGCAGUUACAAACCUAAACCAACACACCAGCGCCAAAUAAAUCAAUCUACCUUAUUAGCCUGUUUGAUUAGGGCUGGAACACAAUUCUGUAGAAGGGUAGAUAUCUCAGACAGGGGUGAUUUAUAGAAGCCAUGUUCCAAAAUAGCAUGUGUUAGAAAGCAUAACACACCUGAACGAACGAAUGAAUGAAAACUGGCACUCGUUUGUCACUCACCACUACAUUGGCAAAACUGCUGAAUAGAUUGUGUAAAUAUACGUGCAUUUUAACAAAAACAUAAUUUUCUAGUGUUUUUUUUCCCCUGUUAAUGUUUAUAAGCUUAUGAUAUUUUCCCUGUUCAAAGAUUUAUGCUUAUACAUAAUUGUUUCCCUGUCCUGUCCACCUACUGUACUGUUUCUGAUUUCUAUUUAUCUGGAGACAGUUUUUGAAUAAAAGUAAACAAAUCUUA